AUGAGGGCAUUCCAACACGCCAAAGAACUAUUACAAUACUCCACUGUGUAUCCGUUCAGAUUGAAAGGCUCGUCCUUAAGUUGUGUAUACUGUCAGGAAGAGUUCAAAUUGCCUAGUGAGUUCAGACUUCAUGUAGACGACGCUCAUAAAAAGUUUACUGUCUCUACUGCGUUCGCUCACUGCGGUAAGGCGUUGUACAAGUAUCUGAAAGUCGAUUGCACGAAUUUAAAGUGUCGACUUUGUAAUACCGAAUGCAAUGAUAUCGAAGAAGUGUCUAAACACUUGCGCGAUUUACACGGUAGUAAAAUUGAUGUGGACUGCAACAUGAGGCUUCAGCCCUAUAAGUUGUCAGACGAGGAGUACGUAUGCGCUCUCUGCUCCGAAAAACUACCCUCAUUGACAAAGCUAUGCAGACACACGUCAUCUCAUUACUUGAAGUACACUUGUGAUACAUGCGGUCGUGGCUACAUGGCAAUCGAAUCUUUGAGGUAUCACAUACGCUGCAGCCAUUCUGGGAAGCUCAAAUGUCGGAAAUGCUGGCUGGAAUUUCCCACUGAGGAACUCAGAAAGCAACACUGUCAAGAGACGAAGGCCUGCUGGUUCUAUUGCUGCGUUACUUGUGGAGAGAGAUUCAGGUCCUGGGACCACAAACACAAACAUAUAGUGGAAGUGCACGGCAAACCCGGUCUCUCUUACCGGUGUGUUGAGUGCGACAUUUUCUUUAAAAGUCGCAAACGAUUUUACGCACAUCACAAGUUGAAACACUCGGACGAUAUUUUUAUGUGCCCAUGUUGUAAUAUGAAAUUUGACUCCAAGAAGCGUUUGGAGGAGCACGCUAUUAGUCACACAGGAGAGAAGAGGUACAAGUGUAUCGAGUGUAAUAAAGGAUUUUCUAGAGUACGAGGUCUGAAACAGCAUAUGUGGAUUCAUACAGAGUCCAAGAGAUUUAGUUGCAUGAUUUGUUUGAAAAAGUUUUCACAGAAAGUGAGUUGGCAGGGUCAUAUGCGCUCCCACCAUCCAGAAUUAGCGUUGAAAGUUAAUGAGUAG